AUGAAAUAUUAAUAAAGUCAUCCCAAAUGUGGAGAAGUAAUUGUCCCUUAAAAUGAUAAAACUUAGGGAAAGAACUCUGAUUUACAUUUAUAUGUAUCAUAUACAAAUAAUAAAGAUGAUAACUAUUUAGCUGUAGCUAGUUGGUGUUAAUUUGUUGAUGGUCUAGGACCUACUCAUGGCGAAGUUAAUUUCAAUUUAUAAUUUAUAAAAGAUAAAAAUUUAAAUGAUCCUAUAUAAUUUGAAGAUUUAAUGGAAGUUAUUAUACAUGAAAUAACUCAUAUUUUGGGUUUUAGUAACGAUGAUAUACCUUUAUGGGAAACUUCUAAUGGAUCUCCUCAUAUUGAACCUACUACUAAAUAAAAAAUAAGGGGAAUUGAAAAUUUACUAAUUAAAACUCCAAACGUUUUGGAGUUUGCUCGUAAAUAUUUCGGAUGUCCUACUUUAAUUGGUAUGCCUCUUUAAAAUUAAGGAGGCAAUAAUUCUGAAGAUUCUCAUUGGAAAAUACAGACAUUCAAAACGAAUAUAUGA